UUUUCCUUUCCAAUUUAAGCGUGUAAUCGAUCAUCGAAAGAAGUUUUUCAAAGCUGCGUCAAAAUCGUGAUAUUAUAUGGGAGCGUCUUCAAUUUCCUCGGUGUAUCUUAAGGAGAACAAAGCUGCAUUGUGUGGAAGAUUUGAAUAUAGGAGGCAAUGGGGAUUGAUUUGAGAUCUGUGGUGGAGGCGGUGAGAAAUUUAACAACCUCAGACCAUGCUUCAGUGGUAUCGAUUACCUUGUGUGUCACGCUCCUCUGCGCGAGUAUUGUGAUCGGUCAUCUAUUGGAGGAAAGUCCAUGGAUAAAUGAAUCGAUCACUGCCCUUUUAAUUGGUGUGGGAACCGGAGUUAUGAUUUUACUUCUAAGUGGAGGGAAAAGCUCACACCUCUUUAUGUUCAGCGAAGAUCUUUUCUUCAUUUAUCUCCUUCCUCCAAUCAUCUUCAAUGCUGGGUUCCAGGUUAAGAAGAAACACUUCUUCCGAAAUUUUGCGACUAUAAUGAUGUUUGGAGCAAUUGGUACAUUGGUAUCUUUCACAAUCAUAUCACUAGGUGCUAUAGCCAUUUUUGGGAAAAUGGAUCUUGGUCUUGUAGUUGGGGAUUAUCUCGCAAUCGGAGCUAUUUUUGCUGCAACAGAUUCUGUCUGUACAUUGCAGGUGCUAAGUCAGGAUGAGACUCCACUACUAUAUAGUCUAGUGUUUGGAGAAGGCGUUGUAAAUGAUGCAACAGCAGUGGUGCUUUUCAACGCAAUCCAGGAUUUUGAUCUUUCUCGUAUAAAUUCAGCUAUAGCUUUGCAGCUGAUUGGGGAUUUCAUUUAUUUAUUUAUCUCAAGCACUGCGCUAGGAGUUUUUCUGGGACUGCUCAGCGCAUAUGUCAUAAAGAAGCUUUAUUUUGGAAGGCACUCAACUGAUCGCGAGGUUGCAAUUAUGAUGCUCAUGGCUUACCUAUCAUACAUGUCUGCAGAAUUAUUCUAUUUAAGUGGGAUCCUCACAGUCUUCUUUUGUGGGAUUGUAAUGUCACAUUACACCUGGCAUAAUGUGACUCAGAACUCGAGAGUUACAACUAAACACACCUUUGCAACAAUGUCAUUUGUUGCUGAGACAUUCAUAUUCCUGUAUGUUGGCAUGGAUGCUCUGGACAUUGAGAAGUGGAGGGUUGUAAGUGACAGCCCGAAAACCUCGAUCAAAGUCAGUGCAAUUCUACUUGGACUGGUCUUGGUUGGAAGAGCAGCUUUUGUUUUUCCCUUGUCAAUUUUAUCCAACUUCAACAAGUCUCCACAUGAGAAAAUCGGCUUUAAGCAGCAAAUUACCAUAUGGUGGUCUGGACUUAUGCGAGGUGCCGUAUCCAUGGCUCUUGCCUACAACCAGUUUACCAAGGCAGGCCACACCCAGGUACGUGGCAAUGCCAUCAUGAUCACCAGCACCAUAACGGUCGUGCUCUUCAGCACCGUGGUGUGUGGCUUAAUCACAAAACCAUUGGUGAGAUUCUUGAUGCCCUCAUCUAAAGAGCUCAGCAGAUCAAUGUCUUCAGAGCCAGGCACUCCCAAGUCCUUUGCUGUGCCACUUCUUGACAGUCAUUGUGAACUUUUCAACGGGCAGGCGUCGGGCGCUCAUGGGGACCAGCAGCCUGUAGUCCACCCGAGCAGCUUGCGGAUGCUUCUCACGAACCCCAGCCGCACCAUUCACUACUACUGGAGGAAAUUCGACGAUGCCUACAUGCGGCCCGCCUUUGGUGGCCGCGGCUUUGUCCCCUAUGUGCCGGGCUCCCCGACCGAACCAAGCGUGCAUGAAUGGCCUGCAGAAGAAGCCAAGGACUAAUCAUGCUUCAUUUUUUAGGUUUUGCACAUACGAAACUUAUGUUUUAUCAACCCAUUGCCAUGAUACCGAGGGAGAGGUGUUCUCAAGUGUCUCGUUUUCUGUGUUUCUUUUUUGUUAGCAAGGUUCUGUGGAUGUGGUCUUGCAAUUAAUUAGCUAUGUAGUAAUGUUGUACUUAUUAUUUAUUAUUCUACUAUGUUAGUUUGAAUCAUCUCAAUUACUCCU